AGAUGUUUCUAAGAGAAUCUACUUUAAUAACGAUCUGUUUGUGUUUUUGUAGAUAAAGCAAUGGAAAAUUUCUACUCACGUGAUUCAAAGAUGAAUGAGAAGAAGAGAAGAAGCCAGAGUGGAAGAGCUGGAGUGUCCACUCUGAGCACCACAUCUGACCAUAGACCCAAGUGUUUCAGGGACAUUAUGGAGCUGGUUCUUCAUCUGAGCGAUGAGGAAUGGACAGCUGUGAGCAGGGGCAUGACCAAGAAGCUCACAAGGUUGGAGUUUGCUUCUGUGUGCUCUAAAAUCGUGACAGAGGUGUCGUCUGCUGUGGUUCGGCGUUUACUGAAGCCUCUCAGCAGGAGCUUCGGGAUGGAAGCGAUUCUCGAGGCGAGUGACAAACUGAAGGAAAUGGCUGAGUCGAAAUCGAGCAAGUGCUCUGCCUCAGACGCCUCAGCUCAAAGAUCCCCUAUGGAGGUGUCCGAUUUCAUUUGUCAUCUCGGUCAGAGAGUCGUCACGGAAGUUAAAGGUGCGAUGCUGGAGGCGAUCCGGAGCACGGCGUCAGCACCGAGUCCUUCAACACCUGCAGAAGAUCCGAUCUUACAGCUGCAUGAGCUCAGCACCGCAUGCACCAAUGAGAUCUGUGAUAAGAUCCUGUUUCACACUAAAGAGCUCCAAAGAUCUGGAGGAGCGUCAACUUCAGUAUUGUCCCUCCUGAUGAAGAGCUUGGAAAAAGCUGUCUCCGUCAGCAGGUCCUCUUCGUGGAUUACUGUAUCCUCGACCUCUGACCUGGUCUCCACGACAACUGAAGUGACAUCUUCUGAUUAUAUUUCAUCAAUUCCUCAGUCUAUGAGCCUUUUCAGUGAUGAGUUUUUUAGCAUAGUCCCACAAGUCAUCAGUGAAGUCCUUCUAAAGAUGAAUCAAAAAUUGUCCUCCUCAUCCGUGUCGUCUCAAAGCUCCUUCACUGCCUCCAAUGAUACCGAAAUGGAUUUACUGAUAGAGCUGGCCAGGAACACAGCCUUGGAAAUUCUACAGAAAUUCAUGUGUGUAGUUGUCGAUUGCAGUGAUGCUGACCAGUCUGGAACAGAAGGGCAGCAGAUCCUCUCUUUUGCUCAAAGGAUCCACGCGGACAUCCACAAGGCGGUGUUUUCAUUCAUCUCUAAACGGAAACAAGCUGUUCCAAAGAAAAGCAAGACGCUCUUGGACGUCUGUACCGAAACUGAUGCCGAGCUCGACGUCGGCAGGGAGAACGCCUGGAAAUCUGUUGCUGCUGCUGAACAGCUCCUCGAUAAAGCUACUCAGGUUGCUAGCGAUAUCUUGGUAAAUAGGUUAAAUUCACAGAUUUCCACAGGUUUGAUCAGUGCUAAAGGCUUGGCUUCCUGCACGGCGGCGUCAUCGACGGCGUCAGUAGAUCUGGAUCGAGUCGCUUCUGGUAGCACAAACGAGCGGUUCAGUGGAGUUCCUCUGCAGAUCGGGACGUCUGCCAUGGUAAACGGAUCAGAAGCUUGGGUAAGUGAAGCUCAGGUUGGUGACGCUGAUGUUCACUCAGCUCCCGACUCAAGGAGCCCCUCAAACAUCCAAAGUCUUUCUGGACUGGAAGAGAGUGUUCUAGAUGCAGAGAGGAAGCCUUCAGACCAGAACAGUCCAUAUGUUCCUCUGCACCUUUUCACUGUGGUGCGCAAUCAACUGAAGGCUUUCUUCACUUUCUUCUCUAAAUGUGCCGCUGAUGAUCAAUCGACAGAAGUGUCAGCACACUCAGAGAGUAAUGAGGACCAUGUCACUCCCAUUCACAUCAGUGGGGAUGGCUCGGUUCAUGAGCUGGGCAUUGGCCGUAGUUUAUCAGAUUCUGUUCUGCUGAGAAGGAACAGCAUGUUACGCUCCAUGCGGUUUCCUUCUGAGCUCAUUUACAGGUUUGUAGACGAGUCCGUCAAGGGUUUGCUGCGGAAUGUGCUAAACAACAGAUCGAGCGAUGGAAGCUAUGGAAUUGAUGGAACCAAUGGAAGCGAUGGACACUCCUCUGAAGCAGCCGAGGUUCAGGAGAAGAAGAAGAGGCCUAGAGUUCGCUAUGUUUUGAAGACCAGCAGGCACGUGGUUGUAAAGCGUCCCAGAAAACAAAAGAAGAAGCAGCUCAGAGUUCCUCUGCCACACGGUGAGCAGCCGAGCACGCCCGUCACUGCAGAUCUCCAUGACGCCUCACACAGAGGAUUGAAGACUUCACGAUCCAUCUUCAAGAACGCUCGCAGAACGCUGGGCAGGUUCUUCUCCAACAUCUCCAAGACCUUCACCAGCUGCUUCAGCUCUCCAACUGCUGUGUCAGAAUAGACCUGUACCCGGUGACCAUUGACCAUGUUACCGUGGUAACAGAUAGCAGUGACAGAAACAUUAGC